CACAGAACCCCCAAAUCCAUUGUGAAUUCAGCUCGAAUUGUAUUAAUUUUUUACAUCGUUAUUUAAAAAAAAUCCCCCAAAACACGCCUGUUCAAAUCAGGCACGGAAUAAAAAUCAAAAUAUGCUGGGGGGACCUACGUACAUCACAUGCACAUUGAUCACGGGCGCUAUAACCGUUUCCACGCAUGUGUUUUACUACGCCCUGGUAACACCGUAUUGUCUGUAACGGCACUUCGAGAAUAUGGUUAGAAGUGAUGGAGUUUUUUAGUGAAAAUUUUUUCGUUAAACGACGUCGUUGUUAGAUGUUAAUUCAUCGACAAAUUUUCUUUCUAGAAAUUGGAUGCACGCAUUAUAAUAGGUGAAUUUUCAACACAGGGUGCAGUCGCCGUUUUCUGUGAGGUUUGUUUUGAUUUCAUUUACUUCCUAUUAAAGGACAUUGGCAACCAAAAUUUUUAUUACUUAUAUCUAUUAGGAAUACUUACGGAAUAUUCAGUUUCAUAUUUUGGCCCGUUUAGUUGUUGAGAAAAUUUGAUAAAAAGUUCAACAGUUCACUGUACAGUUGUCCGCCAUUUUGAAAAUAAGCGCAUAUGCUAAUUUAUGCCACAAAACAUUAUCUGACGUCAUUGGCUGGGUAAACACAAUCUCAUGACUAUCAACAAUACCGUGUAUUACCACGCGUAGUGCAUUUUAUUGAGCCAAAACAAAAGGCAGAAAAGUUUUACCAAGUAUGUAACCUGUUUGUAACACUAUUUUUCAUAGUAUAUAUCCUACUCCGUGUUAAAUAAACGCAGAAAUUCGAGUGUAACAAGGCAAAUACUAAUGCAAUGUUUUAUGAUCAAUCACCUGUAUUGCCGUAAAUUGCGCCAUAUAUUUUUAUCUGAUAGUGUAGACUUCUCUUGUUUGAUUGCGAAGAGUGUUGGCUAACAUAACACGCACGCAAUAGAAUUCUCGAUCUCUUGUAGUUUAGGUGCUACUCAUCCAAUGACGUCACAAAGUUCAUUGACCUUCGAUUCAAGAUAAUUUUUCAAAAAAUUUUUCCAAGAUGGCGGCGAAACACAAAGUUUCAAAAAGUUUGCAUGCAUUUUACUUGUAGACUAAAAUGUUUGAGAAGGAAAUGAUAAUAUUUUCAUAGUUUGGUCGUCAAGUAGGAUUGAAAUAACCAAUAAAAAUUAUUCGUUGCCAUUGUCCUUUUAAUGACAUUAUUUUUCACCUUGCUCGGUUUCCUUUGUUCUUAUGGGGGAAUAUAUUCAAUAUUCCCCUCUAAUCAAUUUCCGUUUAAUAAUCGCCUCUAAUAUUCACCUGUAAUGCCUUUGCAGCACAAAAAUGAGAAGAAAAAAACAACAUAACGAAGGCAAUAUGGCAUUAAGAAUUAUUUCUAUUGUGACUCAUUAACGCCACCUCGCAAUGUGAAAAAUAAGUAGCUACGUUAUUUUGAGGCACCUCGGGGAUAUGUGUUUAUUCACCUCGGCGCUGCGCGCCUCGGUGAAUAAAUCACACAUACCCUCGUUGACUCAAAAUAACCUAUACAUAUCUUCGGUCGCUCUGGUUUAAAUACAAUCACCUGAAAAAAUUAAACUACAUAUCAACGGCCUCAGAUUGUUUCAAUUUACAUGAAAACCCAUUUGGUUUCACACCGUUUCAAAUGGAAUAAAAUAAUAUGCAAGAUAUAUAGGACUCCAUUUGAUUAUAUGUACUAAGGAGUAGGAAGAGAUCUGUAGGGGGGGGGGGGGAUAAGAAUAUUAAAUGUGAUACAGCUGAAGCUUAUCAUAUAUUGCCUUUUAGAGAGGGUCGAAAUUUGGAGAUCAUAAGAGUUUGUCUCGGGUUUAACGUUCCUCUAAGACCUCAAGUUCUGUCAGAAAUUAAAAUUACAAUCUUGCAAAUUUCUUAGUUUCUUUCCUUCGACCUAUUCCACUAUAUACUCUAUUUCUCAUACAUUUUCUUUUGUUAACGAGCUACAUUCUCUAUACUAAUCAUUUUGAACUGAUUUAUUCUAAAUAAUUUGUGAAACAACUGUGUUUUAAUUUGUCCCCAAAUUAAUCAAAAAUACUCAAGAAUGCUUCACUAUGAUGAAUUAAAAGUUCUCCCAGAAAUAAUUCUUCACUUUGAUGAUGGUGUGGAUAACUUGCGUAUCAAACAUUGUUCAAUAUCUUAAGAAAAAAACAAGCUAUAAGAUGGUUUGGCAAAGUAUCUUAAUAAUCAUUUAGCAUUUUCUUUGUAAUGCAAUCAUGGAAAGUGGUAUGAAAGUUUGCUGCGUAAACACUUUAACUUUGGAGGGAUUGACCUACACCUAGUUCUGGGUGGGGCUUAUAAUCUCCUCCUACGAUUCGCCCCUGGUUACUUGUUAAGUUUUACCGUACUUCUAUGUUAUAUGUAGGCUUACAAAAUGGGCUUGACAGGUCCUAAGUACGUGUGGUUAUUGGCAGCUGCUGUUUCUGGCGCCUGGAUAUUCUCACCUGGCACCUUUCAUCGGUAUUACCGAGCAACUGAUUGUAAUGUUAGCCAAAUCGUUGAAGCAGCGGAUGGAUUUAUCGUGUCUGACAAGGUGCCCAUACGUCAAGAUACCAAAGAAACACUUUCUGGUUUGGUAAGCUGCUUUUCAUAUUUUCAAUCAGGCUGGGUUGCCAUAUGAACAAGUGUUGUUGUGAUUGGUUGAUUGCAACAAAGCAAAACAAAACAAAACAAAACAAAACAAAACAAAACAAAACAAAACAAAACAAAACAAAACAAAACAAAACAAAACGAAACGAAACGAAACGAAACGAAACGAAACGAAAGAAUAAAUUUCCUAAAGAAUGACUCAUAAACAUUAAUCGCAUUUGUUUAAAACAAGCGCGUAAACACAAACACGUGUUUUACGCAAGAAAUCAAAUAACAACAUUAAACAUUCAAAGCAAACUGGCCUUAUCUUCCACGAUUUUCCAUAUAGUAAAUCAAUUCUUCUCAUUUCUUCAAACAAAAUUUGCUUCAAAGCUCAUUGUAUGAAACGAUUUUUCAAAUAUAUGUUUUAUUAAUUAAAAUUGUGCUUAAUUAUCCCACUCCUACCAAACAACCACAUUUUUCAGUGAGGUUCACCCAUGAACCAUACUUACGCGCCCGCGAUUAUAGAUGGACUUUACAUUUCGAUAAUGCUUAAUUCCUUUCCCCGGGUGAUAUCCGAGCGGAAUUAGUAUCAUCGCCCCGGGCUAACACCUCAUGGAAGGUUCGGGGGUAAGAGUUUGUAUUGAAUAAAUCUGAUACAUUCUGUUUGAUUUAAAAUUAAUAUAUUUUAAUUUAAGACUCCAGUUACUUUCAUGGAUCACAUGCGUCGUAGAAACUAUAAUCCAAGACUUUACACGAGCUACGCCUUCGACAGCGUAUGGGCAGCAGCAUUACUUUUUCAGCAAAGUCUAUCAAUGCCAAAGUAUCGGCCAGAGAAUGUGAAGUUUGGAGACCUAGUGGCAAGAAAUUAUUACGCAUCGUUUUUACAGGAAACUGAGUUUGAAGGCUUGACGGUAAGCUGGGGUAAUAUAUAUUCUAUCUUAUUGAAUAGCUUGACACAUAAUCCGAUCAAAUAUUUUACGAGUUUCGAAAGAAUGUUUUCAUACCCUGAAAGGGCGAGAGAAAAAUGCGAGAAACGAGUAAAAUCUCGGUAGGAUUAUAGAUAGAUAGAGGUAGAUAUAUAGAUUGUUUAACGAAAACCUUUUUGCAUGCAGCUAUAUAGUAAGCUGAAUUAUUAAGGUAUUAGAUUAUUUACAAAGGUAGUUUAAAAUGUUUAAACAUUUACUAUUUAAAAUGUAUUCAUAAUUAGAGUUAUUGAAAAUAUUCUUGCUGUAGUGAAGAGAGCUAGGAGUAUUAAAAAGGAUUUUUUAAAUCGAUUGGUUUUACUUUUACAUAUUGGAAUAGUAAAAGGUCUUGCGCUCCUGAGAUAGUAAUUUGAUUUUCGUUAUGUGGAAUAAGGUCGUGGAGUCGGUCUGCAGGAUUCGCGAUUAUUUGUAAGCUAGCAAGCAAGAAAUGCAGUUUAAGGCACAACAAUGACUGCAUGAAGCUUUGUACAAGCCAUUUUACGUCCAAAAUGUCCAAUUACUUCAAAACUGUUCAAGCAAGUUGUCAUGAUUUGUUUUCGUUGAAAAACUAGUUUUUGAAACACGCUUCGAAGGUAGAGCUUUUGCAUAAAUACCUCAAAUUGCUCGCACGUUUGCUGUUUUACUCUUGCCGUUUCAUAGCGUUUCAAUUUUAUUACUGUUUAAAUGUUUAUACAACAUUAUAUUCGAGCCAGGAGUCGCCUUUGACCUAGUACUUCUCCGUAGCGUAUAUAUAUCUCGAAAUAUAUAUAGGGGUAUAGGUUCAAUUGGGACGGGAGUCCUGUUCCUUUCCCCUGUCACGAAUUGUUUAACGGUCUAACCUGUUUUUAGCUGUCUUUACUUAGUUUGUAACAUGUACAUAAUGACAAAUUCAUUACGUAACGUAACAUAAUGUAACGUAAAGUAAGGUAAGGUAACGUAACGUAGCACUGAGCAUAACUUUGUAAACGUUUUGAAAAAAUAAUGUGUUUUAAAUUGUUGUGCAAAUUUAUGCCCGUAAAGUCACGCUGCCGCCUGAUUUUAAGGCCUACGCCCGCGUAAUAAAUAGUUCCUAUCUAUCCAUAAUAAACACUUAAAAAUAAUUUUUAGCUCGUAAUCUCAACGACUGUUAAUGACAUUGGUGGAAUACGUGUUAAAUAUCCGCAAAUAUCGAUUUUUAUUCCUGCUUGGAAAAGUGUUUAUCAGCAUUGAUCUUACUAACGUAUGUCUCUGAAACCCCGAUUAAGGUGCACAUUUUUCGCAUUAUAUCAUUGUCUAUUGCAAGAAAACAGAAAAAGUAUGAUCGAAUUACAGACAAGAUGACACUACUCGUACCCGUACACCGAAACCGGGGUAUCUUAACCUCUCUAUUACUACAACUGAGCAAUCCGACGAAAACCUUGGAUUUCACGGCUUCUGUGAACAAGGGUACAAUACAGGGAAGCGUGAGCGGACGUAUCUGUACAAUGUUUUUAUGAACGAUUUGGAAUUAGAUUUGGAUGGCAGACCCGCUCUCUUCAAGUAUGCGGACGACUCCAACACGAUUGUUCCAAUGUGGAAAAAUAAAGAAUGUCGAACUGAUUUAGUGGGACAAUUUUUAAUCUGGUCUCAGGAUAACGAUAUGAAGUGCAAUCCAGAAAAAUGCAAAGAACUGAUUUUCCGAAAGAAAGGAUUUAAUCAAAUCGUUUCACCUGUUUAUAAUAUUCCGCAAUGCACAGAUCUUUUCGUACUAGGAAUGACAUUUCAAGAAAAUUGUAAAUAUAGUUUACAUAUAAAAGCUAAAUUAUUCAAAGCAAAUAGAUGCUUGUAUGUAAUAAGAUCUUUGCGUAAAGAAGGUGCCAGUCAGGAAGAAGUAAACAAGCUUUUCAAUAGUUUGGUUUUAUCUGUUCUUAACUAUGGUCUUUCAGUUUAUGGUGCGUCAGAUUCAGACCUGUCUGUAGUGCAAGCUUUUUUAGAUAGAUGUUUUAAAAGACACUAUGUCUCCUAUUAUAUUAACAUACGCGAACUUUUAGAAGUUAAUGAUAAAAAACUUUAUAACAAAUGUAUUUCAGAUAUUGAACAUCCUUUAAAUAAGAUUUUACCUGAGAAGAAGACAACUAAUUACCGCCUUAGAAAGCAGAAUAGAAUUUAUCCUAAGAUUAACACAAAUAGAUUUAAAAACACCUUUGUAAAUAGACUUAUUUUUAAAUAUAACUUAUAGAAUAAUAAUUAUUGUAACUUAAGAUAUGUACCUUUUAUCUUAAGACGAUUAAAAGAUUGAUUGAUUGAUUGGUAAAUAACGAGACCAGAACUCGUGCUAGCCAUAGCUAUAAAUAUAGAAUCCCACAAACUACCAAAGAUGUCUUUACAUUUUCCUUUUCCCCUCGCACGAUUAGGGAAUGGAAUUUACUUCCCGAAGAAAUUGAGAGCUCAGAGAAUCUCCUCCUGCAGUUUAAAAACAAUUUAAGCAAUUAUUUUUAAUAACAGUAAAUAUUGUUGUAAAUAUGGAUUUUUAGAAUAGGUAUAUAGUUAUAAAUAAUUGGUGUGAUAUUCGAAAGGAUUUUACCGACUUAACACAUAUAGAUGUAGAUGAAAUCCAGCCAUAAGUGUCGAAAGAUCGAUAAGUGGGGGGGGGGGGAUCAUAUUCAUAUAUUCGUGUUCUGCAUUAUUAAUUUCUUUUGAAAUCGAUUGUUUUUAAGGUCUGUGAACACGAAUAUAUGAAUAUGGUCCCCCCCCCACUUAUCGAUCUUUCGACGCCUAUGAAUCCAGCUGGCCAGAUAUUGAAAAAAUUAACAAAUUAGUCUGCGUAUCGCUGUCUUUUAUUAAUAGCGUAUUGAACGGUUUUUCUCAACUAACAUCAAAAGUUUGUAUUGUUUUUUUUCUUUCGCGAAUUUGGCCUCUUGAAAAUUCACAAGCGACAAGUAAAAGCAUUCGCGUCCCCACAUUUUUCGCAAUUGCCCCUGAUUAUGUCUAAUAAAUAUUAUGUCUAAUAAGUAUAAAAAUUCCAAUCGAAAGUUCCAUCUAUAUAAAUCCGUUUAACAAUACAUUUUCAGAUAUAUUUAAACUAAGAGUAGAAAACAGAGCAAAGUUUCACGUAUUUUUGCCGAAAAAGCCGUUCAAUGGCGGCAAGAAUUAAGUGCUAUUAUUCUGCCGCAUUUUAAGUUCUAUAGCAAGCGUUUUUGAACAUGAUCCAUACUAUGAGGUCAGUGAGUGGUCGGUGCUGCAGGUUACCGAUCGCUAAGGAACCAAUCAAAAUGCUGCAUUUUGUCAUAGAAUUAAGUUAUAUAUCAAAUGAUGUCAUUUAUUUUUAGGGCCUACAUAAUUUUAAUCGCAGACAAAGAUUGGGGACUGUGCGAAUUAACCAAAUGAGGAAUGUAAAUGGAAUAGGUAAGCCUAGUAUGACUAAUUUCCUUUAAUAACAACGUUUGUUUUGGAUUUGGUGUUGAAGAAGUUCUUCUCAAACUCCUUGAUAAUUCAUGAACCAAAAACAAAGAUAUCAACAUUAAAGUGUUUUGAAACUACAGGAAGACCAGUGGUGUUGAAGGGGGAGGGGGGCUCAAAAGGGUGCUGUCGUUGUCGGUUUAGUGAGCUGUCCUCCUGAUAUUUUGCAAAAUUGCAGAAUGAUAACCUGGAGAGUUCUUUCCAACUAUAGAGUUGAAAUGAUACGGUAAUUAUUUUAGCAAUAUGUCCUUGAUUAUUGUGAUUCUACAAUUAGAUCAUUUAUGUGGGUCUGGCAUGAAAUAGCCUCAGUAUGUCUGGUUGUUUUAUUUCGAUUUACUAAUUGAAGAAUUACUCCAACCAAAAAUUAUGGAACUUCCACGUUUAUCACGUUGCAUCUCCAUGCCUAGUCACCACACAUCUUCUCAUCCUCUCCCCCCGUCCCGCAACCUCUAAGGGCCACCCUUGUUGUCGUUUACGGUUCUACAAUAUACUAUAGUAGGUUGAAAUUAGAAUCUAAAUCAUUUUCAAGUGCUGACACAAAUUCAAAUUAAUUUUUCCAUGCCUGUAUAUGAAUGUAUAUUGACGAAAUAUUGUAGUAAUAGUAAGAUAUGUUUUCUUAAAAUUUUCGUUCCAUUGAUAUUUUCCUCCUAAUCUUUACUUCGUUGUAUGUUAUAGCGGAGUUGAUUCAAGUGGGAACAUCCAGUUCCAUUGACAGUGUAAAAAGCGAAAUGACAUUAUUUGAAAGUCAGUUAAGUAAAUUAUGGAAAGGUAAGCGGUUUGGAAUCUCGGCCGUUUGCAGAUCCCACAUUUAGAUCACAAAUUGAAACAAAACUCGAAAGACACACCUUGAAAAAAUCAAGAGAAAAUUCCAUCUUUGAUUUUUAAUGAAUCAUCCAAUGAUCGAUGUUUGUCUGAAAAAUGUCGAGCCCAUGUACCAGGUGAUCUUGAUACGCGGAAAAGUACUGGCACUAGUUGUCUAAUAGAAAUCCAUUUUACGAUUAAAACAACUGAAUAUCUCCUGUAAUAUACUUUAUUUCGAUUCCAUAUUUUUGUCAGAGCUAUAGUUCUCAUAACCAAACAUAAUUACAAAAUUUCAACUAGUUUCAUAAAGAAGAAUGAAAGAUAUAAUUGACUGAAUGCAUCAAAAUGGAUUUCUAUUCGGACAACCCUUUCUGAGCGCUGAUUGGCUAAAAUACGAACACGAGAUCACCUGGUAAUAGGAUCGAAACAUAACUAUUUUACAUUUACGUCUUGUUUUAGUCCAUAUCUUGGAUUUUGAAGAUUUUUCGAUUCCUAUUUUAUAUUUUGGAUUAUUAAGGCUAUACGUUUAGACCAUAACGGAUAGCUUUCUGUUGGGGAGCGAAAAAGCACCUAUCCGACAAGGAAUGUAUACAGCUCCCAAGCUCAGCGAAACAACAUCUCUCCCGGUUUCAAUAAUUCCUCUGAAAAUAGCGUUCCUAAAAGGUACGGAUAUCGAUAGGUGUUUUUCACGUCGCUACAGAAAGCUAUCUGGUACAGUGUAAACUAGCCUAAGAUGCAUCUUUUUGAAUUUUCAUUUGUUUUAUACUUUUUUCAAAUUAUCGGAUGGAAAAAUUUUUGACUAUUCGUGUUACCCGAACCUCGGAUACUAUAUUCUUAAUUAGUAUAGGUAAUCAUGCGAUGGCGAGUACAAUUAGGGAUUGAUAGUACGAGUGAUGUUUGGAAAUUUUGCCAGAAUUGUACGAGCAACAUCGCAUGAUUACUUGUUUAUUAUUAGCAUGACAAAAUUGGAUACGUACUUCUCAAUGUCAACACUUCUCUCGCCAAAGCCCAGUCCUGCCAGACAUUCAACAAAAAUUUGGUGCUUUUGUUUGCACUUUCAUUUAGUUCUUUUGUUCAAGCAAAAUUUGGUGCUUUUAUUCGUAUUUUCAUCUAGUUCUUUAACGGCAAUUUCAUUUCACAUCUGUGAUUAAAAUGCCUUUCCGCCAUUUUGUUUGUUUUGGGAAAAUCAUUAAUUGCACUGCAGUGCAAUUAAUGAAAUAAUUGUACUCCUCUCAACCAAUAUAUAAUCAGCAUCCAGUAAUUUUGUCAUGCUAAUAAUAAAUGUCGUAACAUCGACAUCGUGGGAAUGACGACAUCUGAUUGGUCCGCCAGAAAUUAUGCUGAGAUGGCUAAUAAUAUUUUGACAUUUCAGCAAAAAGGUACAGGAAUGUGGUGGCAUUCUUGAAUACUGUGAAACUAAAAUACAACACUUUUUUCGGGCGAAGUGAAGCAUCCGCAAAAAUAUUCUCAUUUGUCCGUCUUGAAAGGCUUUCGUCACUUACCAUGUGAAUUUUAUGUGCAAUGUAAGCUAUUCGUGACUUAUUGAUUAACUAUUGUCACGAUGCGAAGUAAAAUAAAGAAAUAAAUUGUAAAAAUUCUUGCAGAUGGUAAAAUACCAGUAGAUGAAACAACAAAAGAAAGAAAAAUUUUAACAUACUCCAUACUACAGUUGGUUGUUAUUGGAGCUUUGGCUGUUUUUGGUCUUCUUUACUCCAUCUUUUUCCUGUUUUUCAACAUCAGUAAACGAAAUCACAAGUAAGUAAUCGAUUUAUCCUCAUGCCAAAGAUCUCCCUUUAGCUGCAAAACAAUGGAGAGUAUAUAUUGGGAGGGCAAUAUGACGAAACGAAAAAAGCUUCAGAAAUUUCACAAUAUAACUUCACAGGUUAAUUUAUGAAUAAUUCUAAAUUGAGACAAUAUUUAAUUUGGGGGGAGCAUGUGCGACUCCAUAUUGUUAUCGGGUUAUAUUACGAAUCUACAUAUUUUAAAGUGCCUAUGACACGAAAUUUCACCCCAAAUGUUUAUGAUUGCAUUGUAAAGAUCAUUUAAAAUGACUUAAUAAUUUCUUUUAUAGAAUUUUGGUAACUUGCUUUCUUUGCAAGAUAUUCAACUUCGUUUCAUAUGCAAAUAUCACCGGUGUGACAUCACAUGGCAUAAUGACAUUUUGAAAACGCAAUAUUUUACCUUGAUAAAAUAUGUUUACAAACAAAUACAGAGGGUUAAUUACGAGUUAUGAAAUUAAUACAUAUACAAGGGCAAUUUUUAAGUUUUUUAGAUACGUAUUCGUCAAGAAAACUAUACUUUCUGAAAACUCAUUAUGUGAUGUGAUGUCACACCGGUGAUAUUGCAUAUGAAACAAAGUUGAAUAUCUUGAAAAGGGAACAAGUUACCAAAAUUCUAUAAAAGAAAUUAUUAAGUCAUUUUAAGUGAUCUUUACAAAGUCACCAUGAACCUUUGGGGUGAAAUUUCGUGUCAUAGGCACUUUAAGACAAUUUAAUGACUAAUUUUCAAUCACUUUAUACUGUUCAAAAUACAAGUUUUUGCAUGUUCUGUACUAGUGUCAGUAACCAAUCUUAUUUUUAUGUAAAUGAUUGUGAAAAAUCAAAUUAAUUCAAUUAAAUAAUGUGCAGUAUCUUGCUUAUUUGACCUGUUAGACAUGUUGAUCUGAAUCCCUUGAUGAAAAUCACAUAUAGGCAGUAUACUAUUGUUUUGCACUUAUUUUCUCUGCCAGGGUGGUUCGAAUGUCGUCUCCAAUGAUCAACAACGUCGUUCUGCUUGGUUGUUUCUUUUGUUAUCUUUUUGUCUUGUUGUUGGGAAUCGAUUCAAGAUUUGUUGAUAACCACGCGUUUGGAAUUUUAUGUAAUGUAAGUCAUGCAUGGUAUUGGUAUUAGUAUUUGGAUCAUUACAAAAUAUCCUGCGACAGAGUGAGGGCAUGUUUAUGUGGCAAACAGGCUGGUCCACUUAGCAUUGAGCGUUUAGCCUUAGCAUUGAAAGUAAGACUGUUUGGGCAUUACCACCACUCAUACCACAACUGAAAUGUCAGAGGCGGAUCAAACCUUGCAAUACAACUACAGAAAGCCGAGAUAAAACCUAAAAACCCAGAAGCUUCCCCCCUUAUUUCUUGGUGAAAACGGUUACUCUGACAAGAACUCUUUUCAAAAGACUUUUGAAGUGUUAAAACACUCUUCUUGAAUGACUUUUAUCGCACAAAUUUACGAACUAUUACUGUAAUAAAACUUGUCUCUCGGUUUCUUAGCCGUACUGUUACGGGAGUGCGUGUAAAAAUACGAGCUAUAUUACAUGUAUUAUUUUGACAAGCAUAAUUGUGAGUGAACGCGAUUUUUCAUUAAUACCUCUCCAAAUAUACUGUCUAUAAUUUCUUAUCUAUUUCAUUCUAACAUUCUAACAUCAGGUACGUCUGUAUGUGUUGACGAUUGCAUUCUCCUUGGCUUUCGGUGCUUUGUUCAGCAAAACAUGGCGAGUGCACAAAAUAUUUACUGCUCAACGUGCUAUUAAGAAAAAGGUACUAGGAAAGUACAGUAGCAUGCAGAUAUCAGGACGUAUCCUUUAUAUAUUUUAUAUAUCUUCAAUAGCUUCUUAAUACACUGAGGAAUGCUUUUCUUAUCCUAAUUUAGUUGAUGAGAGAUUUUCAUCUAAUUUUAUUUGUUUUGGCCUUGGUCACAAUCGACAUCACAUUCAUCACAAUUUGGAUCUACUAUGAUCCACUGGAAGUAAAGGAGAUCAUUUUUGAUGAAUUGGUAAUAUUAAUGUGAUUUACUUUCAUUUUGUACAAUUACUUUGAAAUAAGUUUUUACGACGAUACGGCAUUCCAUUAUAACAAUAUCUUUCAUUCUAAAUUUCAGUGUUAAAACAGCACCAAAUUGGUGUAAUCAUUGCAGCUCUGUUGUAUAGCUAUACUGAUAUACUGUAAAUGUCUCUAUACUGAAUUACAAAAGCUCUCUACCAGAAUCGCAGGGCCGUAGGUUCGAUUCCUACCAGAGGACCUUGUGCUGCAUUUUUCGCAGUCGUUCCUGGUUAGGUCUUAAAAUGUAUAUAUUCUCACUUGGAUUCCAAACUCUAACAUUCCACUGAUUGGCUGACCGCCAGUAAGCUAACCCUAAACAUUAAAAAAUCAAACUUUGUGAUUUUUCAUUCUUAUCAAAAAAGACUUGACAGUGAACAAAACAAGUAUGUGAACCUUGAAUAUAAAACCAUUAUUAAAUAUCUCGGUAUUUUGUUUGAUAAAAAUCUCACCUGGAAGCAUUACAUUGAUGCCAUUUCAACGAAAAUCAGUAAAGGUAUUGAACUUAUUGCAAAAAUUCGUCAUUUUGUUCCACGAAAUAUACUAAUCAACGUAUACCAGUCCCUAAUCCAUCCGUAUUUAACCUAUGGCAUCGCUGUUUGGGGACAAGCAUGUAAGACUUAUCUUGAUACAAUUUUAGUUCUCCAGAAAAGGCUAAUGCGUAUGAUGUAUUUUUCAGAUAGAUACGAUCAUGCAAUUCCCUUAUUUCUUGAUCUUCGCAUCUUACCAGUUACCUUUCUUUAUUGUGAGACUGUGUCUGGUUUAAUGUACGAUAUAAAUAACAAUAAUGCACCAUUAAAUAUAUUGAAUUUGUUUGAUAAAUCGUUCAUUAUUCAUUCCCAUGAUACACGAUCACGUAUGUCGGAAAAGUUCUAUGUGAAACGUCUGGGUUAGAGAUACAAAAACAAUCCUUCUCUCGAUUUGGUGUUAAACUUUGGAAUGGAAUACCAUAUCAUAUAACGAUUCUAUCUAAAAAACUAUUUAAAAAGACUCUUCGGCAACUACUUUUUGAUAUUUUGGAAAAAGAAGAUGACUACAUUCAAAUCCCCACGAUAAUUAAGAAAAUAGGACUAACUAUAUAAAAAUUAUUAAACUCUGUUGUCAUUCAAAGCUUCUAAAGCUACCAAUUUAUUUCAAAAUAAAAUAGUCGACAGAUAAAUAAUUAGAUUUUUCCUCCAUUUUCCCUUCAUAAGUCUGAAAUUGCUUUUGUUUCCUUUGUAAAUAAUAAUAAACAAUUUCUGUAAUUAUAAAUACUUCUUUCUUUUGCCUUACAUGACUGUAUUAUUUUUGUAUUUAUCUUGCCUUGCCUCGACUAGCUCUGUAGCUACUUGCAGGGUAAGUUAUUUUUGUAUUAAUAAUAAGUUUAAUUAAUAAAAAGUUGUAAAGUUGUAAAGUUGUUAGUGAAUCGAACCACCAAAUACAUUGAUCAAUCGUGAUAUUUUACAUCCAAAAGCUAUUAUAAGUGUUACAAUACACUAAUUGGGUGUAAAUAACACAAUUGAUCAGUGUAUAUGGUGUUCACUAACCGAAAACAUUUCCACUAAAUAGAUAUCUACAGAGCUGCAAUAAUUUACACCAUUUUGGGUGUUGCAGAAAAUCACUUCAAAUGUAUUUAAAUAAUAGAAAGAAGAUUCCAGGGACCUGAUUACAAUUCCAGUGUUAAAAAUCUGUGAGUGCACUCACAGAACUAAACUGCUUGGUGCUCUCUAUGGAUACAAAGGAAUUCUGGUGCUGUUUGGCGUGUUCCUCGCGUGGGAGACACGAAAUGUGACAAUCCCUGCAUUAAAUGACUCCAAAUAUAUCGGGAUGUCAGUCUACAAUGUUGUCAUAUUGUCAGCCAUAGGUGCAACAGUGUCUAUGGUUUUGAAAAGGACAAUAUAUUACGAGUUACUUCACGUCCUGGUGUCUGCUGUGGUGGUAUUUUCUACCACUGUUACACUGACUAUGGUGUUUGCACCAAAGGUAAAUUCCGUUUACAGUAUACAUUCUGGGACUGUAAGGAGGUGUAACACUCCACUCAAUAUUUGUUCACAUUUUCGGUGAUUCACAUUUUCGGUGAUUUAAUGAUUUAAGCUGAUUUUCAAGUAAAUAUUUUAAGCAUUGACAGGCAAAUCUGGAAGUUAAAAGUCAACGCGAUUACGUUGACGUUUUCUGGUCAUACGGUGUUCUUAAUUUUAAAAAUUAAUGAAACGGGCGAAAUGCUCCAGCCUACAGGUAGUUGUAAAUAGCAGUAUGAUGUUAAAACCUGCGCUUGGGGAAUUUGCUAGUUCAACCUUUUUUUUCUAUAUACCCUAAGGACGGGAAACAGAGGUGGCGGCAACAAUUUCCGCCGCUGACCAUCUCACAGAAGUACUGACAGCGACAAUUGCCGUUUACGGCCGCUAAAUUAAAUCCGAUGCCUGAGCUGCCCUCCUUAGAGAUUAAUUAAGGAUCAUCUCCUAUUAGUUCAGCGACACUACGCAGAAUUACUAAAUUAAACUAAACUAAUUUUGUUUAUCCUAGAAAGCUCUGGUUUUAAAAUAGAAGUCUAGAAAACGCCAUCAAUUUUUGGUCCAACGUUAAUACAAGACGAAAUCAGUAGCGGACGUCCAACUGAAAUCACUCUUCUCAUAUAUAACUGAUGUGAAAUUAUAAAAUCAUACAACUGCACAUUCAAGGGCAUUCGGAGACUGCAUAUACCUCCGCUAGUGAAUCAAUUUAAGUUAUAUGUAUCAUGCAUACACUGUACAAUGGGAUUUUUACGCAUGCGCAUCCAGUUUACUCUGUCCGGCAACUUACUCUGUAACCAUGCAAAUAUUUAAGCAAUUUGUUCUUGGGCAAUGUCUACACAAGUAAAAACGCACAAGUCGUAACAAACCUUUAGCAGACUUGUAGCAAUGCUGUUCCAACAACUUGUCAACAGGAUGUGUUCGAACGGCUUGUCGAAAACUUGCUGCAGAUUGUUGAGCUCAACAGACUUGUUACAAGUUGUUCCAACAACUUGUUAUCGUCCUGCAAUUCAACAAGUUGUCAACAAGUUGUGAGUUACAACCUUGUAGCAACUUGAUAAAAUAACAGCAUUGUUACAUCUUGUUGACAAGUUGUGAGAUUUUUACGUGUGUACCAGCCCCCACACACGCAUUACCGCAUGCAUAAUCUCCUGGUAUUUUAUUUUACUUUGAAGGUAUAUGAAUAUUACCUCGCACCCCCUGCACCUGCGGAACUAACUCGCACUAUGGAAACUUUACAAAUGAGCGCUACAACCGCCAAUGGUUCAGAUGUUUAUGAAGCUAUUGUUAAACCGAAAGAUGUCAAACAUAAAUGCAUACAAACUGAAGACUUCGAACAAGGUAGAACGUUUUUUAAAAUUUUGAUAAGAUAACUUGGAAUUUUUACUUGGUGUCUGAACAAGAGGGCGUUCGAAGCACUUAAUAUUAAAUAUCCAAUUAUUAAAGAAAAUGUUUAGUUUUUGAGAUAUUUGUUUCAUGAUUAGAUCUAAUUAAACGAUGUCAGAACCUGGGUAAACAUUUUAAAAAUAAAAAGAUAUUAUCAGUGGAAGUGUUUAUAUACAUAGCUUGUGCCUUUGUUUUAAAAUAUAGGCAAUAGUUAAAAAACGAAUUUAGCAUUAAAAUGGCCUGGGAAUUGCUCAAGAUACAAACUAAUGUCAUCCCCCUGCCAUCAUACUAAAGUCGUCGGGCGUUUAUAAUAGCGAAUAAUUUUCCAGACACAGCAAUUUCAAAUUCGGCGUUGUUAGUAGGCCUAUAGUAAUAUAGGUAACGUGCCGCAUCAUCAUUUGCAUAAAACAGGGUGCCGCAUCAUCUUUGCAUAAAACAGGGUGCCGCAUCUCAUUUGCAUAAAACAUCCCAGCUAGUGGAGAAAACAAGAUGACGGAGGAUAUCAAUAUCUUAGAACAACAUACAGUAUCUUAGGAUAUCAUGCAAUACCUAUAGGAUAUCAAUAACAUAGGAUGUCAAUAUCUUAGGACAUCAUAGAGUAUCUUAGGAUAUCAAUAUCUUAGGAUAUCUAACAAUAUCUUGGGAUCGAUAUCAUGCAAUAUUUAACAAAUAUAAAACAUUUUCCGUGUUGAUAUAACUAUAUAUCAAUACGGAAAAAUGUUUUAUAUUUUUUUUAUAAUAAAGCAAUGUCAAAAAUCCGAAGGAUGAGAAAAAUUUCCGUGUUUAGGAGCGGCGGGAAAUUUCCCGUGUUGACAUUGAGUUAUAUCAACACGGCUCUUAGCCAAUCAGCGUUCAGAAUUUACAAAUGCUAUAUUAUAACAUGGGAUAUCAACCAGUAUCUUAGAUAGUGAAACGUCUCAAACAAGUGACGAUAUAUAUUACAAGCAUAACUUUGUUAAUGUUUUGAAGAAAUGAAUGUGUUUGAAAUCUAAAUCUUGUGGAAAAUUAUGGUUGCAAAGUCACGAUGCCGCCCGAUUUUAUGGUCUACGCCAGCGUAAUUAAUCUAUCCGCUAUAAUCCUUUAACGACUGUUAAUGACUUUUGCAGCACACAAUUCGAUGUCAACACGACAAAAUUUCGUUACAUCUCACAAAACCCAUAACGUCCGAAACAUUUUGCCUAUCGAAAAUUGCUCAACUUCUGCGAAAUCAAGUAGCCUGUGUACAGACGUUACUCCCGACGAAGCGCGCGAGAGAACGUCUGUGAGUUGGAUGAAGAUUCCUUGUUCUGGUCACGCGGAUUUUCCCCAGAUUUGUGGAAAGGCCUCUGAUUGGACAGUGCUUUAUUUGAGUAAUAUAUAAUUAGCAUGCGUUUAAAAUAGCAACGCAAUAAUUUUAAAUUCAGAGAUUUCCUCAUGAAUCAAGAUUUCCUUCGGGGCAUACAAAGGUUUGAAAGACUUGAAAUAUGCAUAUAUUUCUCGAUGAAGAGAUUUGUUUUGAAUGCGAACAAUUCUAAACGAUGAUCAUAGCCGGCAAGUCCGGUGUAUACAAGCUCAGUUCUUGGCAUACAUAUGGCGUAUAGUUGUUUACAAAGACAAAGUAUUAGAUAUAAACACAACUGGUUAUUCUAAAGGUGCAUUUUAAAUUAAUUAAAAGUUAACUGGCCAAGUAAGACAAAGUUAAACACAUUAAAGAAAAUGCUUUGUCUCGGGGGGUAAGGAGAUAUAAACAUAUUGUCAAUUUAAUUGUCAAUUAUAAAUUGUCAAUUUCAGUCCAAUAGUUUGUCCAAACACUAGAAUUUUAUCUUGAUUUUCUUAACUUUGAUACAGCACAAAAUUAAACGCAACAGAUUCAAACCUUUGUAUGUCCCGAAGGAAAUCUUGAUUCUUAUGUGUAAUUUUAAACGCACGCUAAUUCUCAAUUAAAUAAAGCACUGUCGAAUCAGAGGCCUUUCCACAAAUCUUGGGAAAAUCCACGUGACCAGAACAAGGAAUCUUCAUCCAAUUCACAGACGUUCUCUCGAUUGCGCGCUUCGUCGAGACUAACGUCUGUACACAGGCUAAAAUCAAGCAGUUCUCCGAGAAACCAAUCAGAUCUCCCCCUUUGGUCGUCUAACCCAGAGCCUAAUUUUUAACGAGUGACCGAGUGAAAGUGGCUCUGGGGACGAGAAUGGCUUAGCAACUGCUAAGUCCUGUUUAAGAUUUUUCGUAUAUAUGUCUCGAUUAUUUUUUUUUUCUUAAAACGAAUUUCGUUUGCGUGUUGAAAAUAAAUUUGCUUAGACUUAAAUAAAACGCUCGCGAAAUUUAUGCCGACGCUUAGCUAUUGUCAUUAGAUGGCAUAGGUGACGCGAAAAAUUGUUGAGCUCAGCAAAAAUAUCGACUGUUCGCCUGAACAUGCCGGCGUUGCUACGCCAACCACUCGUAAUAAUACCCAUCAGGAUCUUGCUUGUUAUGUAAAUUCGUAUUCGUUUGAAUUCCCAACCUGCCUCACCCUCAUUUAUGCUAAUGAUGAUGCGGCACCCUGUUUUAUGCUAACGACGAUGCGGCACCCUGUGGCGCCCCCUCAAAUAUCAGACCCGAACGGUACCAAUAUUACUACUGUUGUUGUUAAAGUGGGCUGCUAUUCCACAGGCAGAAACAUUUCUCAUAAAAACAGAGAGACGACUAUGGUAAAAUUUGCUUUAUAUAGCUAUAUACACAAAUUUAAAAGAAUAAUACUUGGGCAAACUAAUCUCAACUGCGCCAUUGUCUUUGUUUAUAUUGACCAGGGAAUACAGUGAUAGGAAACGAGAACGCUGUUCAUAACAAUGGUGAAAUGUCGACAUCUGGGGUGAAUAAUGGUGGUGAUUCUGUUGUCGCUGAAGGAUAUCUGCAGGAUAAUGAGCGUGCACUCAUGGCCAAUAGUGUAUAUAUUAUGUUAUGUAAGGAUGAAAUGGGAUCUCCAAUGUCUAUGAAAAAUGAAGGAUUCAGUCAGGAUAACGAAGGCGUUAAUAAAGAACAAUGUGGGUUCAUUACAGUGGAAUAA